AUGUUCACCUGUACCCCCUGCAACCGCAGGUACAACGACCAAGCUAGUCUCGACUAUCAUCUCCUGUUCUCUCCCUGCCAUGCCCACAAAUGCGGCUCAUGCUCCAAAUAUCUCACCAGCGAGGCUGACCUCAUCGCCCACGCCGCCGAAGCACGCCAUCAUGCCUUCGAAUGCAAACCAUGUGGUCAGAUCCCCAAGUCCGGGGAUCUUCUUAGAGUCCACCGCGAGUCCAACUUACAUAAGAGGAUGAUCAACUCCCCUCUCAAUACCUUCUUCCGCUCCUGGCCCAACUUUCCAUUCCACGUCCAGCUCCCGCCGCAUAAAUCUUGGGAGCAACUGCAUAUGUUCUAUGGCUGGGAUGACCAAACCCCCGAGUAUCGUGCAGCUUGGAUCGGAUACCAGGAUGCGCUAGCUUCAGAAGUGACCAUUUGGUUCGGCGAUGUCUUGGAGCUUGAAUCCUGGCAAAAGCUUUGUCGUGCUGUCGGGAUUGCUCCGCUUCCUGGAACUUGCGCCGAUGGUUAUAUGGCUACUCGAAACCUCUAUGUCAAUCUCAUUGACCUCAUUCAGUGGGCUCGCACUGGUAGAGUCAAUGGCGAGGUUAAGCGCUGGAAAAAUAAUGCUGAUCUUUUCGAGUAUUCGAUUGCGACCAAGAGGAUUUUUGAAAGGGACAUGACUGCCAACGACAAACCUAAUGUCGUUCUGCGACAUUUGACUAACUGCAUGCUCCCUCGUUAG